AGGUAUAACAAUAAAGCGCGAGGACAAAAGGCGGUUUCACUUUGUUCACCAGCCGAGAAAUUGCCGUGAACCGCCGCUUCGUUCAGGCCGCUGUUGCUUCGCCGACGGCCAUUUGAUGGAGUGGUGAUAUCAAUGGGGAUCAACAGAGAGAGUAAAAGCUCCGCUUCUGCAACAUCGCCGUGCGCUGAUCUCAGGGCUGCGUACCACAAUUGUUUCAAUCGAUGGUACUCGGAGAAGUUUGUGAGAGGCCAAUGGGAUGAAGAACCAUGCGUCUCCGAGUGGCAGAAGUACAGAGCUUGCCUGUCUGAGCAUUUGGAAGACAAGAAGUUGAAGCGUUUCUUGGAAGAUGAAUCGCUUGUUCAUUCCUCCGUGAAAGCUGAUGCGAGUUGAGAUAGAUAGUCUUCCUUGUUGAUGAACUGCCAUCCCUGUUCAAGCAAAUUGAAGAUUAUUGGCUGUAGAUAUGUGGUGUACGAUGCCUCUUUUGACGAGACUCCUAUUGGAUAAUUUGAAAACAACAUCAGAAUGUGCCAUAGAUAGUGGAGCAUUAUUCUCUUAGUGAGCUGCCUUCAUUUCCACUGUUUCAGAGUCAAAAUGCGAAGUGAACUUGAGGAUUAUUGGUGGUGCAAUCGUAUCCAAGGUGCACUGUUUCUGUUGUCUGAUUUGAAAACCAUCCAUGUUUUGAUUGCGUUAUUGUGAAACUUUUCUUGUCAAUUAAAUGCAAAAUCUUUCCUUUUCUAUAGUA